AUGUCCAACGCCGGCCUUUCCUACGGACUCAACAUCAAGAAAAAGACACCUGGAAAUAGACCCCAACCCGCGAAACGGAAACCCAUCUUCGACGAACCCGACGACUCGGACAACGAAGAUGGCAACGAAGGCGGCAUAGAAGAAAUUGGUGAAAUCGACGGCCUCUCUCAAAAACCAUCCAAACCUACCCUUGCCACACGGGGUAAUCUUUCUAUCAAACCUAGCAAGAAUGGUAGGGCCCCCAAGAAAGCUCCUAUUAGCAUGUACGGCGAUCUUUCAGCAACAUUCACAUCCAAGAAGCACGCCGACACAGCAGAGGAACUGGAUCCCAGUAUCUACGACUACGACGCUGUCUACGAAUCCCUAAAGCCGAAAAAGAAGGUCGUCACCGAAGAUGAAGAGCGCAAGCCCAAAUACAUGACAAACCUGCUCGCCGCAGCAGCAGUACGGAAACGAGAUGCUACAAUUGCGGAAGAGAAGAAACUAGCUCGGGAUCGAGAGGCUGAAGGCGAUGAGUUUGCGGAUAAAGAGAAGUUCGUUACGUCGGCGUAUAAGAAGCAGCAGGAGGAGAAUCGGCGGCUAGAAGCGGAGGAGAGGCUUAAAGAGGAGCAGGAGCAGAAGAAGAAUAAGGGGGCCGGAAUGACGAAUUUUUAUAAGAAUAUGCUUGAGCAGGGGGAACAGCAACAUGCGGAGAUUGUGAAGGCCGCGGAGGAGGCGGCUAAGAAUGGACCAAUGGAGAGGGAGGAGGAAGAAAAACAGAAGUCUGAUGCUGAGAUUGCGAGGGAGAUUAGUGAGAAAACUGGGGCAAAGAUUGCUGUGAAUGAUGAAGGGCAGGUUGUUGAUAAGAGACAGUUGCUUAAAGGAGGUUUGAAUGUUAUACCCAAACCCAAGAGUACUGCUCCAGCAACUGCCGCACGUGGUGGAGCUUCGAUGUCGGAUCGAAGUAGAGGCCCUGGAUUCGUUGGAGCCGGAGGCGGCAAACAAGCUAUGCGGGAGAGACAAUCACGUAUGAUGGAAACACAGCUCCAGCAAGCCACAAAACGUGCCUUGGAGGAAGAGGAAGAAGAGAAGCAGAAGAUCGAGAGGGCUUCGAAGAGCAGGAAGACAGAGGGCGAUAUUAUGAGCGCCAAGGAGAGAUAUCUUGCCAGAAAGAAAGAGGCCGAAGAGGCAAAGAAAAGGGGCGAGGUACCUUGA